AGAGCGUGCGUUGUCAGGGGGCGCGGCCGCAGCCUCUUGCCCGCGUUGCUAAGCGCAAAUUUGUAUAUAAGUGCAAAAAAUGAGCGGCGAUCCCGCUCAGCCUGCGGCGUCCUGAGAGACCUGAGGAAUUCAGCAGGUACCGACAGACAUUCAGCGGCUCUCUGUCCUGCUGCAGCGCGGAUGUGGAGCUUGAAAGAGACCCCGGCUGUCCGAGCUCAUCAUGUCUGAUGGAUGGAUUUAAGUGCUCUCUGUCAGUCCGCGCUAAUCUCACGACAGUUCCGCAUUUGGAAGGUUAAAUCAGGCAGAAAAUCAAGAACACUUUAGGACGAAGAAAAACUUUUUGCUGCUUUGAAAACAAACGUCCUUCGUCAUGAGGAGGUCUCUCCCCUUGUCUUGCUGGGUCAGGGCAGCCGGCCUGAUGCUCUGUCUGAGCCAGAGCGCCGUGGCCGUGUUCCUCUCAAACUCCACUCGGCUCGACUCGAUCCUGGACAAGUACAAGGGCAAGGAUGGGGAGUGGUGGAGGGCGAGGUCGAGGGGGAAGAGGGCCAUCAGCGAGGAAGACAAGCACCUGAUCCUCGACCUGCACAACAAGCUGCGGGGACAGGUCUACCCUCCGGCCUCCAACAUGGAGUACAUGUUAUGGGAUUAUGAGUUGGAGAGGAGUGCAGAGAACUGGGCGCACGCCUGCCGAUGGGAGCACGGGCCGAGCCACAUGCUGACACAAAUAGGCCAGAACCUGGGAACGCACUGGGGCAGAGACAGACCCCCGACCUACCACGUGCAGGCCUGGUACGAUGAGGUGAGGUACUACAGCUACCCGUACUCCCAGGAGUGUAAUCCACACUGUCCGUUCAGAUGUUCGGGGCCGGUUUGCACGCACUACACUCAGCUGGUGUGGGCCACCAGCAAUCGCAUUGGCUGCGCCAUCAACACGUGUUACAACAUGAAUGUUUGGGGAAUGAUCUGGACCAAAGCAGUUUAUCUGGUCUGCAACUACUCCCCUCCGGGAAACUGGUGGGGUCAUGCGCCGUACAAAUACGGCACACCUUGUUCUGCCUGUCCAGCCAGCUACGGUGGAGGCUGCCAAAACAACUUAUGCUACAAAGACGGUGGCGUCGAACGGCAUCCAGCUCCUGAAACGGAGGAAAACAACUACAUUGAACCAGAACCAGUAAGAGACAGAGAGCCCCAGCCGAGGGACCGAACACCAGACCUGUCACCGAAUGAAAACACGGAGGGAAACCAAGUUGCCAGUACAGAGCAGAUGUCCCAACAGGUUGAGUGUGAGACCAAGCUGAGAGAUCAGUGCAAGGGAACAACCUGUAACAGAUAUGAAUGCCCACCUGGUUGCUUUGAGCGGCCUGGAAAAGUAGUUGGGACUUCUUACUACGACAUGCAAUCCAGUGUGUGUGGAGCUGGGCUGCACUCUGGGGUCAUUAACGAUGACGGGGGAUGGCUGGAUGUGACCCGACUGGGUAGAAAACAACUAUUCACCAAAUCAUACAAGAACGGCGUCCAAUCCAUUGGGAAAAAUAGAAGUGCCAACUCCUUCAAAGUGGAAUCAGUACCUGUAAAAGCAAUAAGAUGCGAUACAACAGUGGCACAUUUCUGUCCUUUCAAGAAACCUGUUCGACACUGUCCCAGGUUGUAUUGCCCCAAGAACUGCUUGCAUGACAGUCGAGCUCGAGUCAUCGGAACAAAGUACUACACAGAUAAAUCUAGCAUCUGCAGAGCAGCCAUCCACGCAGGAGUAAUCCGGAGCGAGUCAGGCGGCUACCUUGAUGUGAUGCCGGUGGACACACGGCGGCAGUACAGCGGCAGCUACCAGAACGGGAUCAACUCAGAGAGCUUACUGAACCCCACAGGAGGAAAAGCCUUCAGAGUUUUUGCAGUCAUCUGAGGAAAAGCCCUGAAAGGACAAAGUACCGGCGAUCGUAUCUGAGAAGCCCACCCAGGAUGAAAUUAAAAACCAAUAAUUUUGUAAAUAACUCAACUUGUCUGACUCAAACACUUCCAAGUUCCUACGUGUGUUUUUCCUCAAGGAUUCGCUUGUUUCUUAGGUCAUCUGUGAUCUGCUUUCCAGUCAGCCUGUGGCGAAGGAUUUUCUAGAAUUAUAGUUUUUCAAAGUCUUCUGGUCUGGACCUUCAGAGUCAGCCACGGAAUACACGUGUGCCCACAAUGCGCUUGUGGCUGCCGUGAUAUUGUGACAUCAUGCUUCUUAACACUUAAAAAUAACUAUUACGCAACCAGAUAGCUACGCCGUUCCAGCAUGUAAUUUUAGGCGUUAAGGUCAAAGCCUGAUAUCGCCUUUAGUCAGAACAUUUCAGAGCUCCUCAAGUCUUUUUCUACAUGCAGCAACUAAUUAAGAAAAAAAAAGACUCAACUAGCAUUAAAGUAGGAAGCAUUGUUACACAAGCUUUCUAAAAUUAAAGUUUGAGAUAAUCAAAAUGUGCAGAAACGCAUGCAGUUCCAUUAGUGUAGGACUGCUUUUAGAAACUUCAACACAAUUUAUGCAUUUCUGAUCACCACUGGCAGGAAUUACCUAUUAACUUUGAGGUGUUAAAGAUUUAUUUGAAAUGUUAAUCUUCCAAACAAGAAUCUAAUCCACUGGGUCAAAAUCUAAUGUAUACACAGAUUCCUCAUUAUUUGGCCACAAGAAUCCUUAGCAAGUUGCAUUGUUUUCCGACUGAACGUUCAACCGCUCUUCUGUUUUAGAAGAGCUUUAGUUGAGUUUUAAAUUGGUCCGUUUCCUGGGAUGGACUCAUGAAACUCUAACCCUAAUCCUUCCUAAAUCCGAUGUAACACUCAGGUGUCUCCAAGUCUCAAACAUCUGACUCAAAGUGAGGAAACAUCUUAAAGAUAACAGCAGAGUCGCUGUUUGCAGUGAGCCAACUUUACUUUCAACACGGCAGAAGGGAAGAAAGCCUCGCUCCAAAGUCGACACCUUUGAGCCAGAAUUCACUGUUCGGCUGCCCAAACGGACGAGCUGAAUGCUUUUAUGGUCUCGUCUGACGCAUGUCAGAAACUUCAAUGUCACCUGAAAUCAAGAGCAAGACCGACGAAACGAAGACGCAUAACGGUGUUUUAAACUCUGGAUGAAUCAAAUUAAAUCCAAGCUCAUGGCAGGAGAGCAACAUAAACGAGCUGUACAGGUUGUAUUGAGGAAUAUUUAUCCAAGUAUAAAAGUGGGGUGUAUGAAUACAUUUUAGCCUCGCUGGAGAAAACCUUCUAAUAAAUCAUCAGAAGCCUUAAAUUAGUGUCAAAUUCAUGUCAGAGAUGACUAUAUGUGAAGUUCUGACUGGGAAAAUAUAUGAACAAAAUACAUGUCAGUUUUAACUUUAGAAGUUCUACUUUUAAGUAUUUCUCAUUGUGUUCAUUUAUUCAUUGUCCACUUAUAACUAAACAGGCCACAGUGUUUGACUGCUGAACGGAAACAUAAGAUGGACUAAAAGGCACAUUGUAUAUUUUUGUACAUAGUUUUGUUGUACAUAAUGCUUAAAACGUGCUUGCUGUUAUCUAUUUCUGUCUACUUUUUUUUUUUUCAAAUUUAGUACAAAAAGUACUAAAUGAUGAAAGUCAAACAACCUGCAUGCAAAGAUAUAUAUUUGCAAUGUAUGCAUUUCUUUUAAUAAAUGAAGAAAUCUACACUAAUGUCAGUUUUGUAUAAAAAUUGUAACAUAUUUGAUGUUUAUCGCUAUAUUUUUUCAGCUUCUGUUUAAUCCUGGCUGGCCAGGAACCUGCAUGGCAGAAUCACGAUUAAAAGAGUUCAAACCUC